AUGCACAGGCAGGACCCACCUGUCGUGCAGGCGCAGGUGGAGCAGUGGGGCGUGUCGGCCACGGAGGGCUGGCAGUACCUGCAGACGGGGCAGGACGAAUCGCCCCAGUGCCUCAGGCAGUCGUUGUGGAAGCGGUGGUUGCACACCGUGGUCACGAUGCCGGAGCUCUCCUCGUCCAGACGCUCCAAGCAGACGGGGCAGCUGGGCAGCUCGACCGCAGGCGCAGUGGCGACGCCCGGCGGGGCGGGGGGAAGGGCGGCGGCGCCGGGGGUGGCGACACCAGGGGUGGCGGCCUUGGGCGGUCCCUGA